AUGGAAAUGCAGCAAAACUGCAGCAUUUCAUGCUUCUGGGAAACUCAGCCUCUUGGUUGUGUGAAGAUCAGUUGUAUCUUUUAUCACAGCAAACCUCGAAAUAUCAACGGAUUAUUUUUGCCACCAAGUAGCAAUAUCACACCGCAGAAAGAAACUCAGGAAGGAAUUCCACCCCCAACCCAGAGUCAGGAACCUCUGAAACCUCAGGAGACUAUAUCACGACCCAUUCACCAUCCCUUAGUUUUAAAAACAAACUUUGAGGAAGAAGAGGAGGAAGAAGAUGAACAAAAUGAUGCUUCUAGCUUAUGGACAAAGACUCCUGAAGAAAUUGAAGAAAAAAGAGCAAUAAAGGAGAUGUGUUAUAAAUCUGGUGAAUACUACAGAUUUCAUACUCCUCCAGAUACUUUAUCAUCUAAAAGCAUAGCCUCUACGGUGGAAAAAGAGUUAGAAAAGCCUUUGGAAAAUGGCAGUGAAUUGCAGGAAGGGGACAGUCUGACAGUUCCAACAAAAUUCAGCCUAUUUGAAAGGCAAGGUGAGAUAAAAGCAUCACUGGAUAGGAAACCAAGGACUGACAUUGCUGCUUUUGAAAAUGGAGGAGGUGACUGUUACAUUCCACAGAGGAUCAUAUUUCUUGGAGUAGAUGAAAAUGAAGCUUUAACUGAAAAGAAAGAAAUCACGAUGUCGAAAUGUUCAAAUGCUAAAGAUAACAAGGACAGUCCUCAUCCAAAGCGUUCCCUAACUACCCGACUAGUACCUACAACGCAUGUAUUAAAUGCUACUGAGAAUAUCAGUAUGAAGUGCAGAGAGGACCCCUCUUCAAUAAAUGAUGUCCAACCAGUGAGGAAGCCUCAUUUUAAAGGCGUGAAAAAAAGAAAAUGGAUAUAUGAUGAACCAAAGAACUUUCCUGGCCCAGGAAUGCGGAGAGCAGUACAGGCUCCAAAUCCCCAAAAUAAAAUGAGUUACCAUCGCAAUAAUAAAAACGGAAAUUCUGAGAAUGCCUCCUAUAUCCAUGUUCAGAGAGAUGCUGUCAGAACUGUCUCAAUGAAUGCACCUCCCCGCAGCAGGCCCACAAACGGGUCCUACAAUAAAGUUGAUGUUAACAAGGAACCCAAAUUCAACCUCUAUUCAGAUAAAUAUAUGUCAACAUCAUAUAAUGGUUCAGCCUGGCGAAAAAGAAUUCCUUUUUCAAAAACAUAUUCAAAAACUGAAAAGAUAUAUACAGAGCCAAGAAGAAAUGGGAGCAAGUAA